CAGUCGCCUGCGCCUGCAUCUCUGUUGGGACUCAGAGCAUCCUCGGCGCCGGCAGAAGCAGCGCUGCCGCCGCAUCUGCUGAAGGGGCCUCCUGCGCGCGUCAGGCCGCCGCCAUGGCAGAGAUCGCCAGCGUCCGCCCCAGCUUCGAUGUCUCCCCGAUCGUGGCAGGCCUCAUCGGCGCCACUGUUUUGGUGGUGUCUGUCUCCGUCACCGUGUUUGUGUGGACGUGCUGCCACCAACAAGCCGAGAAGAAGCACAAGACCCCUCCUUACAAGUUCAUACACAUGCUGAAAGGCAUCAGCAUCUAUCCGGAGACACUGAGCAACAAGAAGAAAAUAAUACGGAUCCGGCGAGACAAGACGGGCACCGCCACGAAGGACGGAAGCGGCAACCUGCUGGUGGAUGCGGUGGAAGCCGGGUUAAUGGGGUCUGACAAAACGUCCAAUGGGUUAAGCCCGGUCCCUUGCAUCAACCAGCUUCCAAUCAAAGUGGAUUACGGAGAAGAACUCAGUCCGGAUCAAAGCUUGACUCCAGCAGGCAGCAAAACGUCCUCUCAGUCAUCCCCAGAAGAGGAGGUCAUGCUAGGGACGCUGACCUUCUCCGUGGACUACAACUUCCCAAAGAAGGCCUUGGUUGUGACCAUCCAAGAAGCCCACGGGCUGCCGGUCAUGGAUGAGCACAAUCAGGGCUCUGACCCCUACAUCAAGAUGACAAUCCUGCCAGACAAGAGGCACCGAGUGAAGACGCGCGUCCUUCGCAAGACCUUGGACCCCGUCUUCGACGAGACCUUCACCUUUUACGGGAUCCCCUACAGCCAGCUCCAGGACUUGGUGCUUCAUUUCCUGGUGCUGAGCUUCGACCGCUUUUCCCGAGACGACGUCAUCGGAGAGGUGAUGGUGCCACUCGCUGGGGUGGAUCCCAGCACCGGAAAGGUCCAUUUAACCAGGGAGAUAAUCAAAAGGAACAUACAGAAAUGCAUCAGCAGAGGGGAGCUGCAGGUGUCCUUGUCUUACCAGCCUGUCGCCCAGAGGAUGACUGUGGUAGUACUCAAGGCGAGACAUCUGCCCAAGAUGGACAUCACCGGUCUCUCAGGUAAUCCCUACGUCAAGGUGAACGUGUACUACGGCAGGAAGCGCAUUGCCAAAAAGAAGACUCACGUCAAGAAGUGCACUUUGAAUCCCAUCUUCAACGAGUCCUUCAUUUACGACAUCCCCGUGGAUCUCCUCCCCGACGUCAGCAUUGAGUUUCUGGUCAUCGACUUUGACCGCACCACGAAAAACGAGGUGGUCGGGCGGCUCAUCCUGGGGGCGCACAGCGUGACAGCGGGCGGCGUGGAACACUGGCGGGAAGUGUGCGAGAGCCCCCGGAAGCAAAUCGCCAAGUGGCACAGCUUGAGCGAAUAUUAGCAGGGUAAGCAGAGGGCGCUGAGCGCUUGGACGUAAAUCCCCACCCCA